UUCUUCUACGUUCUUUCCAGAUCUUACCCGACUUCGUCAUCCUAUCGCACACCGAAACGCGUUACCGUGAUUAACCUCCGGGGGUGUUCAACAGCGCGGCAGCGGUUCUCCAAUUGCUCCUGCUGGGGCAGAGCGCAAUAAAACACGCCAAACACUCAACACUAAUUAGCCCGCUCUUUCCUCAGUCGCACAGCAGCCGAACAGCCGAACAGCGAAAGCAGAAAACAGCUCAGAGACACUUGGCCAAACUACGUGCUUGUGGCGCAAAGCGUUUUGGCACUGCAUCGUUCCUGGAAGUUUUGGGGAGGUCGCGGCAGAAACGGUGCUCCUUUAAUUACCGCACUCUCUCGUGUCCGUGUGCGUGUGUGUGUAUGUGUGUCAGUAUGUGACUGUGCCAAUAUAGUGGAACCGACAUUGAAACCAGCAACUUUUCGACGAGCAGUGUAACAUUUUCUGGGAUGAACUGUUGAAUGGUGGCGAGUUGGGUCCUCGCGUCGGGGAAACGUAUUCUGGUCUGAUAGAACGCCACUUGACAGUAGCACAGUACUUCAUACGACAGCGGCAUUGACUGCCACUACUGCUGCUGGGAAACAGCUGUAGCUAAAUGCCAAAAAUAUACGGCAAGUGAAUUAAAACAGUGUUCAACCUUCGCCUUCGCCUCCAGUUCAGCCGUUGAAUCCCGAAAUCCAUUGCGGAGCACUAGGGCACGUCCCAGACCUUACGUGGCGCUGUUACCGAGAACGUAGUGGCACACCUUCCCACACCUGGAUCCUCCUGACCAACCGUGUUAGUUCCACAAUCCCGUAGUAAAUGAGCUGAUUUCGAAACGAAGUCCACGCCACAUCUUCUAACCACGUGACCACCACAACCACACCGACGCCACCACCGCCCUUCGUAGAGCUGUGAACAAAUUUUAGCAUUCCGAAAAUGAUCUUCGGUGAUUUAGUAUUCUGCGUGCAUUUUGUGGUUCUGUUUCAAAGCUGCUGCACCAUUGUGGCAGUUUCGGGGAAAACUUCAUCAACAGCAACGGCAACAGCAACAGUAACAACAACGGCGGCGACCACCGCAGUUGCUGUUGUCGGCAGUAAAAGUGGUAAUGGCACCGCCCAGCACAUCAAGGCUGCCAACAACAACGGUAAGCCGUCCUCCUCGAACUCACCCGCAGCCAGGAAGGGUUCCGCGAUGGCGAAGCAGAAGUACGACCUCCCGGGGGAACUGGGCCAAUACUGUGCGGCGUUGGAGGAUUGUCGACAAUAUGCCUACAUGUGCGACAGCAAAAAGCAGAGCUGUGAUUGCGCCGAGGGCUACCAACCGGACGAGGAAAAGAAGACCUGCGUUGGAGCCAUUGGGAAACGGUGCCUCUACGACAGCCACUGCAUCCCGAACGCUUACUGCAAAGGACAAAUGAUCUGUACGUGCAAGCGGGAAUUCGGCUAUCUCGCGCCGGAUAAGUGGUCAUGCCAAGCGUCAGCGGCAGACUCGCUGCAUCGCCGGAAACCCACGACGAUACUACCGACGAUGACGACUCCGGCAGCAACCAUGGCCGCCGCGCUCCUGGAAGCCGCCUCCGCUUCCGUGGGAGGAGUAAUCAUUAUUCCACUUCUUCUCGUUAGCAGCUGGCAGUUGGAGAUAAAUUUAUUUACAGUUUGAUUGGAUUAAAAAUAAGCAGCGGCAGAUGGGUGUGCACAGUGCCGCGUACCCUGAGGCAGGAUCCUUCCGGAAAUAUUGUACCCGUCGCCACCACCAGCAACUUAAAUCCAACCAAGACUUCGUGUUCCAGUCAACCAAAAGCUAGCUGGCCACGAUACAGAAUCAGACACCAAUGCCACGCCACUACAACUGUACAGUGCAGCAGUCCAAGUCAAGUCAAGUCAGCGUGAGCCACUGCAAUCAUACAUUACGUAUUUGGUGCAUGGCGUUUUUCUUACUCACCCGAGGACCCAGCUGCCCAAAAUUUGCGAAGAUUGGUUGCGGACACGGAGGGAAAUUUUGCAGUCGUGGUUGAGAUUUGUUAUUUAGGGUAGAUGUUAAUUGUUAAGGUUAAG